AUGGUACAUGAACUCCCUGGCCAUUCUCGUCGCAUGUGGUUUGAGGAGAAUACCUUGGCUGGUCUGUUCGUUCACCUCUGCCUUCUGUUACUCAUCUUCUUCAUCCAGCUGGCCGCCUACGACUUAGGUUUGUUUGAUGGGAUGGUUGCCUGCCUCUUUGGCAAGAUAGUGGCCAUCAGGGAGAAGGAACCCAAAUGGGCUAAGAUCGUUAUGUGUAUUCUUGCGGCAAUGGUUCUGCUUAGGGAUUUCCUUCUCAAGGUGCUCAGGCAGCAGGCCUGGAGGAGGAGAAACGCGGGUACUGGUGGUGGGGACGACCAAGCCUGA